CUGUUGUGAAACGCCGCCGUUUGCAAAGUUCUCUCGUGGGGCGCCAAAACCAUUAGCCGAAAUCACAGAAACCCCCUUCGCCCCAUUGUCUCUCUCUCUCUCUCUCCUCAGCACAAACAAGACCUCACACACCACAAACAUUCAACUUUUGAAUCUUCGAUAACUUCUCCCUUUUUCUGUGACUCCAAUUUCGUUUGCGUUCUUUUCCCUUCAAACAAUCAAAACCCUUUACCGAGGAAGAAAAAGGGGUGUUAGGGUUUUGAUUCUCUGCGACGCUUUCCGCAUUGGGGGAACCCUGCACCUUCCUCCGCGAGUCGUGCGCACUCACUCUCCCUUCUAUUUUCUGCUCUCUUCCGCUGCAAAAUUAGGGUUCGGGCUAAUUGUUCUUGCGAUUUCGUAACGUUUGAAUCGGAGAAGAUGUAUGCUGAUCGGGUGGACAGUGGAGCGAGGAGGUCCGUGAAGGAACGCCUUAAUGGGAAUGGUAUCAGUGACUCUUCUCGGCAACAACGCCAAAUCACCGGCAAGAGGUUGAGACAAGAUGACAAGUGGGAACAUGAUCUCUUUGAUGAUGAUGAACCUCGGAUCACUAAUCGCAAAGUUACUGCUCAAGAUCUUCGCCUCAAGCUUCAAAGGAAAGGUCUUCAACCUGCAACUCAGAGUGGAAAGAGUUCAGCUCCAAACACACGGGAUCUCCGUGAAAGGCUAUCUGGGACAAUGACUCCACAACCUACAAAUUCUGAUCCACCAAAGUCAAAAGUGGUUGUUAAACCAAGCAGUAAAAAUGUCAGUGUUGAGGCCCCUGCAGUACAGAUCAAAAGGCCAGCUAAUUCUGCUCCUAAAAAGUUGUCACGGAAGGCUGAUAUAUCAGUGGAUGAAUUUUUGCAGUCUUUGGGUCUCGAAAAGUAUGUCAUAACUUUUCAGGCUGAAGAAGUUGAUAUGGCAGCUCUCACUCAUAUGACUGAUGAAGAUCUCAAGGUUAUGGGCAUACCAAUGGGGCCGAGAAAGAAGAUACUUUUAGCAUUGGAGUCAAAAGUCUGACAGUAUGGAAUUGAUUAAUAUGCUUAGCUUAGCUGGAUGGACUUGUUGUUUAUGAACGGUGGUGGGAGAUCAGAAUCUCAAAACCAAGUGUAAUAGCAAUAGCUCUUCUGAUUAGCUUCUUUUUUCAUUUAUUUUUCUUUAUUUUUCCUUAAUUUUUAGACAUGAUUCAAGUUAGUUUUGGAGUUUAUUUGGCUAAACCUGUCAAUCUUCUGGAGCUCGUAACUGUACCUAGUAAUUAAUGGAUUUGAGAGUUUAUCUUUUGUGUAUCAAUCCAAGGUUAGGACACGGUGGAAAUUACCCCAUUUUGCAAAUUGUCAAGAGCAUCUGGUGUAUGCUACAAGCGCAACUGGAGUAAUGCUAGCAGAGAAGUCAACACCCUCCCUGAGUUUGGUACGAAAAUGCAAAUUCAAGCAUCGAUUAACCAAUUUGUUGCAAGUUAUAAAAACCAUUUGCUAGUUCGUUUCAAGAGAUUUUAAGUGAAAUGACUACGGUAAUAACUCGUAUAGGAUUCCUGGAACGGUCAUUUGUGAGUCUCUUUUGAUGGAUAAUAAGCUAGUCCAUUCUUGCAUUUCUCCUUGCUAAUUGGAAGCGACAUUUUGCUUCAAAGUUGGCAUUGCGGGAGACCAUACCCCCUAUGAAUCAAUUACCCGAAAGCAACUUAAAAUUUUGCCGU